GGGCGGCCGGAAACAUCCUAUUAAUCCCUGCCCAGGACGUCCGACAUUGUGGCUGCAUACAAGGCUACAGUCCCAGUCGGCGUUGUCCAAGCCGAAAGCGUCCAAUGCGCAAGGGAUGGAAGGUCCUCGAAACCAGCUGACAGAUACACCACUCACUUCCCUUCACUUCCUUUCGGUAUGGCACUUGCCGGUGAGUGCUGCGCCGCUUAUUGACCAUUGCUAUCAAACACGACCUCCCUUGCUGCACUUUGGAGCAGUCGCGCAAUCUCGGUACGACGAUCUAGCCGCCCAGCUUGCUUUGCCGCAAAUCCACUUCCAAGCCACCAAGGUGUCCGUCCGGCUUAGCAUUGCAGUGUGACAGAACCACCGGGGGCACGACAUGCAAAAAGAUUGUGCUACGGCGCCGACUCGAUCGCCUGGAACUGUUGCCCAACUGAUGAGAUGGUCGGGUCGGUGCCUCAGCACGCCCAGUCAAGGCAUCAUUCAUGGUAACGCGCAAGGUCGUCGUCACUUGGUGCGCAGGAGGGCAGAUACACGAACCAAAUGUUUGCUCUGAUUGGCCAAGUGGCAGUCAUUCGCAUGGGUAUAAACUCUGGCGGGCCUCAAAUGUGCUGCGCGUCUGCUGCGCCGCCCCGAAAAUCCUACGCUGUUACCCUCUGUGCCUCCGCCCCCCAAUUGCGGGCAGAGGGGGCCCCAUCGACGGUCCGCACCAACUGCGCUGUUGGUCCGCACUUUCACAGUCCCGUCCCGGGGUUUGGCAAGCCACUAUCGAUCCCUCUGCCCCCCAAUAAUAGCACCCUCGAGGACCGCGUCGGGGGCACACACGACCGGACAGCCGAGACUUGCCGUUCGAGGCGAUGCACCCGCCGCCUCGGGCGCCUGCAGUAGCACACUAGAUCAUAUCGGGAUGGCAGUGCCUGCCGUGUGCUCGAGUUAUAAUGCGGAGGCGGCGCUGUCGUUCUCGCACUUAGCACGAGCGUCCUUCGCUUUUCCCCCUCGUCAGCCCAUUGUGAUAAUCACCCUUUGCAUAUCUGCUCUCAGGCCCAGUGUCAGCUGGACACCCACGAUACCCGCUUCUCUUCUUUCCCGCUGCCUUUGCAAUGCCACCGCCAUCACUACAUCUUUGGCGUCGGGAUGAAUCCCCGGCAGGUGACCAAGGCGCAUCCCAUCCAGGCACGGCCUGGAUUAUAGCACCCAUCAUCUCCGCCACGAUCCUUAUAAGCCUAGCUGUCGUUUGUGUAGUCAGACACAUCCUCAACCAGCGACGGAAACGCCGACAACAAACACCGACGACAGAAAAGCCGUGCAGUCCACACAUCAACUUCAGGAGGAACAGGAAAUCGAGCCAAUUCGGGAGCAUGGACGGCGAGGAGGAGCAGCGGGCCAUGAUAAUCCGCAAGUCGCUUGCUGAGCGGUCGAGUAGAUCCAGCGAGCACUCAAGGCGACACGAGAGUAUGUCCUCGCUCGCCAGCAUGCUUGCGCCCUCGGCGAACGACAAAAGCGGAGACGAGUCAGAUUCUGACGGCGAGGGCGACCUGCCGGCGAGCGACGACAGGAGGGCCAGCGGCGGACUGCGGGACGACUGGAAGGAAUUCGAGGCGAGGGUCCAGAGGGAGCGGUCCUACUCCGGGGAGAUUCAUCCCGCGGUGCACCCGGCCCUAGCUAGGCCGCCGCCAUACCGGGACCUGUCGAUACCAGAAAGGACGGUGACGCGAUCCCGCUCCUCCAGCCAAUGUUCGCUGCCAACCCAGGACUUGCCGCCGCUCCUGCCCCACGUUGUCGCUGGGGUGCGUGUAAACGAGCAGGGCAGAGAAAAUGCAGGAAGCAGAGGCGCGGGGAGGGGCAGGCCGAGGAGUGAAAUCCCAGAUAUUACUGUCCACAGGGUUGGGUAACAUGGCGCGAUGUUAGUGUGCGGAGGAAGAUACCCUUGCUAAUUUACCACGCUUAAUUGUAUGUGACAAUGCUUGUCAGGAGGCAGUGUCAGAGGCAGUGUCAGAGUGCUAGAGUCAACAAAACCGCCAGGAUUUAUUCUUGGUAGCACGAAAUGUAUAUUAGUAUGAGGAGGUUGAGUUUUGGUCGAACCAAGAUCUCCCCUCCUUUUCCUUUCAACGUUUGGUGCCACGAUAAGGCUUGUGGAAAUCUAUCGUACGC